CACGUACUUUGAUUAAGCAAUAAACAUAUGUUCUUCAACUACUUCUUCGACUUCGUCCACAGUUGUAUUUCCUGCAUCCAAAUUUUGCUUCGUCCACUUCAACUAUGUGCUCUGGAUCUCCAAACUUUUUACUAUGCUCUUCGGCUUAGACCUAUAAUAUUAAUAGGUGGAUAAACUUGAAAGUAAACAUUCGAAAAAAUUUAAAUCGUAAGGACUACAAAAGGAAUUCAAAGAACAUUAUAAUAAAAUUAAUUGAAAAUACCUCUGAAAGAUUUGCGAUUUGAAUCUAAAAAAAUGAGUUUUAAAUCCCAAAAGUCGCAAAAUUUGAAUCGAUAUAAAGGCACGCACAAUGACACAAAAAAAUAUAUAUGCCAAUAUUGCGAUAAGCAAUUUAUCUCUUCGAGAACUUGGAAACAACAUUAUAAAGACGUACAUUUUCAAGUUAAACCCUAUAAAUGCGAAACGUGUGAUAAAGCAUUUCAGUAUGAAUCGGAAUUGGGUCGUCAUGUUUUGCUUCAUGCAGAGAAAAAACCUUAUCAGUGUCAGUUUUGUGAAGAGGCAUUUACUCGAAAAGGGAAUCUAGAAAGGCAUACAGAAGCGAAGCAUACCAUUGAUAAAACUUUCAAAUGUAUCGUGUGUAAGACAUAUUUCAAAACUCAGCAGGAUUUGCGUGAUCAUAUAGACACGAAUCAUCCUGAAAGAAAGUACAAAUGUAACGAAUGUCCAUCUACAUUUACCCAUCAGAGGACCUUUAACGCGCACAUAAAUAUUAUACAUAAAAGCAAUAAAUCACAUCUUUGUAAGAUUUGCGGCAAAGCCUUUCGUACCAAACAUCAUAAGGCCAGCCACAGUUUGGUACACAGCAAUAAAAAGCUGUUUGAAUGUUCGGAGUGUGGCAAGGGUUUCAAACAUAGAAACACAUUUAUUGUACAUUUGCGAAAGAAUCACAACAAUGACACCAACAAUGACACUUGUAAGACAAGUGAAGAACAAACAGUUCAACGAAUUAUGGCCAUUCUUAACAAAGCAGCUCAACAAGCUGAUGAAACUGAAACAAAGCGAAUAUCAAUAAAGCGUUAAUUGGAGUGUAAAGGAAGUGUAAGGAAAGAAUAACGGAAACGUAAAUGAAACCCGUAAGAAGCGAAAAUUGGAACAUGGAAUAUAAAGGAAGCGUUGACUAAACGUUAAAGAAACAUAAAUAAAGUAUAGAUAAAUUUUUCGGCAAGCACGAGCAGAAUGUCCGUUGAAUGUAAACGGAGCGUGACUAGGUAAUCUAAAGAAAGUAAACGAAGCGUCGAGUUCUUAGAUGAACAUGAAUGAAAUGUAAUCGAGGUCCUUGGUAAACAAAUGAUAUUUUAAAAUAUAUUUCAUUUAUUCAGUAAAUAUCUAAAAAAAAGUGCUAUGCUUUCUUCUUGGAGCCCUAUGGAGCUCACUUAAAAAAAUUAUUUCAUUAGAACACAAUUGAAAGAUCUUUCAAUGCUACAUCUUUUAUCCUAGUCUGUGUAGUUUUUAAAUUUGAGAAGUUAGUUCUCGCUAAGUCCCUCUGAUGAUGGUGCCACGUACUACUCAUCGACGCUUCGUUUUAGAAUAAAUUUUUUUAUUUCUAUAUCCUAUAGAAGGAAUUUGAAUGCUUCGUGUUUUUGCGGGACAUUGCAGGAAGCAUAGAUGAAGUACCAAUGAAGUGUUAGGAAGUGUAUCGGUACGCUCCAUGCAUUCUUUGCGGAGUGUUAAGGAGCAUAUAAGAAACGUUAAUGAAAAAAAAUAUUUAAAACGUAUGAGAAAUGUAACAAUGUGUUUCGGGCACACUUUACGGAACGUUUGGCGAGAGUUCGGGGGACGUGUAUGAAUAUUCAAAACCACUAAGAGUCGAAGUUGGAAAGUUGAUGAAGUGUUUAAGAAGCGAAAAUUCUUUGUUCACAUUUCUUUGAUGCUUUGAGAAGCUAUACAUUUUCAUCAGGGUAACAAUGCGUCCAGUAAAUUCUCACUACUUAAUUAUUUUAAUAAUUUUACGUCCUUGUUGUUUAAGGUACAUUCGCACAAAUUGAAAACAGAAUUUCUUAAAAUUGAUACUAUACGUAUUUUAUUAGAAGACGUUCUUACUCUUGUGCAAUUGCAAUGAGAUUGAGAUUUCAGUACUCAGAUGUAAGAAAUUGAAAACUGCACUUUUUAUAUGUGUCGCCUACACAAAGUUCUGAAAAUGUCGCGUUUCUUUUUGUAGUGUUCAAACUAGCAGUGACAUGUUAAUAAGAAACAGGUAUGCGAGUAGGAACUUGAAAAGGAUAUUAAGAAACAAAUGUCAUAUAAUUUUUUAUAAUUUAGUCUGAAAAAGUGUCGUGACAAGAAUUCAAUUUUUAUAAAUAUUUGUCAAUGCGUCAUAUGAAUGGAUGAAAAUAGCAAUUAAUUAUGUUAGACUGAGUCUCAUCAGUGUUCACUUUUUCCAUGUACUUACGACUAUGAACAGGCGGAAUCAAAAGUUUUCUCUCACUAGCGGAUGGAAAGUCACAGUAUCGAGGGGACGUUUGAGGGGACUUAACUUCUGAUGAUAUUAUCGCGAAUAUACUACCUUAUAGGUACGUUCCUUAUAGGUACGUUCCUAUCACUUAUGCAGUAAACAUUAUUGUGUUUAAUGUAUGAUGAUUGUGUGUUUAAUAUAUAAGGAUGAAAUAAUACAGUGUGUAAAAACGAAACUUACCCUAAAUAUAUUAACCAAUCGUAAUAACGAAUCGAUUAUAGGGCUAAUUUAUACGGCUGCGUCUUCAGAAUACAGUCUAAUUUUAAUAUUGGAUGUACGUGCUAUUAUUUUUGUAUGUAUGACUGUAUUAUUCAUGUAUGUACUUUAUAUUAUAAGUCGAGAGACAUGAAUCAUAUUAAACCAACUGAUAUUAUAGAGUAUUAAUAAUUUGUUCUUGUCUCGAUUAUUGAA